UCCACGAGCAGAGCUCUCAGUCACAUUUCUCUUUUAAGUCACAGUUUCAAAGUUGAGCAUUAGAAAGCGAUCACUUGCAACUUUGCCUUCUUGUGUGUGAAGUUGUGAAAAGUUGAAGGAGCGUCAAAAACUUUUUAUUUUUGGCUUAUUUUUGUUUUUUUACUUUCAAGGAUUCAACUUUGCCAGUCAAGCUGUGCGCCCUCGCAGGCUGUCACUGCAGUCUUCGGGCACAGCACUUGGAUUUAGAAAGAAGGAUUUCCUCCUCUUUUUUCUUUUUUUACUGCGAGAAGCUGUUCUUUCAUUUUUUCGCAUGAAUCUCCUCGACCCCUACCUGAAGAUGACAGAAGAACAGGAGAAGUGUCACUCUGACGCUCCCAGCCCCAGCAUGUCUGAGGAUUCCGCAGGCUCGCCGUGCCCGUCCGGGUCCGGUUCGGACACUGAGAACACCCGGCCGUCCGACAACCACCUCCUCCUGGGUCCAGACUACAAGAAGGAGGGCGAAGAGGAAAAGUUCCCCGUCUGUAUCAGAGACGCAGUGUCCCAGGUGUUGAAGGGUUACGACUGGACGCUGGUGCCCAUGCCGGUGCGCGUCAACGGCUCGAGUAAAAGCAAACCUCAUGUCAAAAGACCCAUGAACGCUUUCAUGGUGUGGGCUCAAGCCGCACGGAGGAAGCUGGCCGAUCAAUACCCGCAUCUGCACAACGCGGAACUCAGCAAAACUCUGGGCAAACUUUGGAGAUUGCUCAACGAAGUAGAGAAGCGUCCGUUUGUGGAAGAAGCAGAGCGUUUGAGAGUGCAGCACAAGAAGGAUCACCCUGACUAUAAAUAUCAGCCAAGGCGGAGAAAAUCUGUCAAGAACGGUCAAAACGAGCCCGAGGACGGCGAGCAAACGCACAUAUCUCCAAAUGCGAUCUUCAAGGCGCUGCAGCAGGCCGAUUCUCCGGCGUCUAGCAUGGGCGAGGUGCACUCUCCAGGAGAACACUCAGGUCAAUCCCAGGGCCCACCAACACCCCCAACCACCCCCAAGACAGACCUCCCCUCCAGCAAAGCUGACCUGAAGCGUGAGGGCCGCCCCAUACAGGAGGGCACCAGUCGCCAGCUCAACAUCGACUUUGGAGCCGUGGACAUUGGCGAGCUGAGCAGCGAUGUAAUCUCCAACAUGGGGAGCUUUGAUGUUGAUGAGUUUGAUCAGUACCUGCCGCCUCACAGCCAUGCUGGGGUGACCAGCGCGGGCCAGGCUGGCUACACUGGCAGCUAUGGCAUCAGCGGCUCCUCAGUCGGCCAGGCAGCCAGUGUUGGGGCCCACACCUGGAUGUCCAAGCAGCAGCAGCAGCAGCACUCUCUGACCACCUUGGGUGGAGGAGGUGAGCAAGGCCAGCAAGGUCAACAAAGAACCACCCAGAUCAAGACAGAGCAGCUGAGCCCGAGUCACUACAGCGAGCAACAAGGCUCCCCGCAGCACAUCACCUAUGGGUCCUUCAACCUGCAGCACUACAGCCCCUCCUCUUACCCCUCCAUCACAAGAGCACAGUAUGACUAUUCAGACCACCAAGGUGGUGCCAACUCCUACUACAGCCACGCGGCUGGCCAAGGCUCCGGCCUAUACUCCACCUUCAGUUACAUGAGCCCCAGCCAGAGGCCGAUGUACACCCCGAUUGCCGACACCACCGGGGUGCCGUCUGUGCCCCAGACCCACAGUCCGCAGCACUGGGACCAGCAGCCCAUUUACACACAGCUGUCCAGGCCGUGAGGAGGCAGCCUCAGCACUGACUGUACAACACUCACCCCACGAGUAGACUUCUUUCUGCCCGGCGGCCUUUGCGCCACCAUGCCACACACCCUUCAUUGCCAACAGAAAAACAUGACAAGGACUUUUUUAUAGUACUGAAAAUAUAUCUUUGGAUUGGCUCACAACAGUGCCUUUUGUAUUGGUUGGAAUUGUGAUUAUAUUUUUUUAGAUAUAAUGUUUAAAAAAGUUAAAUCCUCUGUGAGGACAUACUGGUUAUAAAUAUUUUAGUAUGUACUGUGUAUGUGUUCUGCUCUUGCCAUCUUCAUUAUAAUCAGUGUCAUCAGCAUCCUCAUCAUCCCCAUUUGAAGGUUUAACACAUUUAAGGAGCAGGAAUGCCGAGUAAAAACACCCUCAGUGGCCUUACUUCUCACUAAUGUAUUUUUGUACAGGAAGUAAGAAACAUCUGUUUACUGACACUGCCGUCAUAUAAUAGCCUACAUUCUGCUUUGAAUUUUUGUACUGUACAUAUUCUGUUGUAAUUCCCAUGAGAUGCAAGAAUUGAGCAAUGCACGUUGGAAAUAGAUUUGAAUUUUUGGCCAUGAUAUGACUGUGUCAUCAGUGAAUUAGUCAAAUAUUCUACUUCUUCUUCUUUGCUUUAGCUCAAAUUAUUGUGUCGGAAAUGCUAUAGCAGGUGCCAUGUAACUCUACUAGGGGCCUUACUGUGUUGCUAGAUGUAACUGAGCGAUGCUUGCUUUUAUCUGGGUACUGCCUUGAUACCAUUGGUGCCUCUGGAGCCACAGUAGAGAGGCUCCAUCCACUGGCACUGCAGUGUCGAAACCACAGCACGGUUCUGACUUCCUGCUCGAGGGAAUACAGGAAGUGACCAUUGACCCGUUUCUCCUCAGCAGCCAGCAGGUCUGAAUCAGACGUGCUCCUGUCAUUCCAACAGCCCUGUCCUUUUCCUAACCUUUUUCUUAAUUUAUUCUUUAGCAUUAAUUUUAUUUGAAAAUAACUAUUUGCAAUUAUCUUUUAAAUUCAGCAGCAGCUAACUGAGAUUUCAGUGGAAUAGUUUGCUGACAUAUGUGGUACAAAUUUGUUUAUUUAUCAUUUGUAAAUGUUUCCGUAUAAAAGUUUCUUUUAUUCGUGAUCUAGUUAUGUACAGAUUACUUAUAAUUACACGAUGAGUCUUUCUCAAAAAAAAAAAAAAGAAAGAAAAAAAAAUAGAAAAACUGGAAGUCUCUUUUUUCCUUUCUAACAAAUGAAUUAAUGGAUAUGGAAAGCUGCGGCUGUUUUGUAAAGAAUUUGCUGGAAUCAACAGGAUACUUUUUGUUUUUUGAAAAAAAAGUUGUGUUCCUCAUUUUAUAUUCUGUAUCAUUAGUUCUCAUUUUGUCAUCUUCUUAAUGCAGUUUCCCUAGGUAAACAUGCCAUUGUCU